AUGCCAUUGUACACAGUCCCCUUGGACAGAUACGCGGACGGAAACCCGGCAAACAACGACGUGAAUGGAACAGUCUUUGAGCACAACUGGAUCAGUAACCAAUUUCGAUUUGGUGGCGACAUAAUCUAUCUUGUUGGCAGUCCAUUCAUCAACGAGCCUUGGAGCGCAGACAGUUACGGUCCCCUCGAUUUGACGUUGCUCGACCAUCACCACGGCGAUAUUGCGGAAUGGAGGGAUCUCAUCACAGAGAUCCACAAGCGCGACAUGUACAUCCUGUUGGAAAAUACUCUCGCUACCAUGGGAGACCUUAUGGGCUUCAAAGGCCACGAAAACGAAUCUACACCUUUCAGCUGGAAUGAGCACAACUAUUUCUGGAAGUCGGACCGGCGAUAUUUGGAUUUCCAGCCUGGUUCAGAGGUUGACCAGUCUUGCGAGUACCCGCGUUUCUGGGACAAGACCGGCCGUCCCGUGAAUGCAACAGACUUGGGGAUCCCUGAUUCUUGCCGCGACAGCGAAUUUGACCUAUACGGAGAAAUGGAGAUGACGGCGGAGGAAGCGCCUGAUGUCCGGGCGAAGAUCAAUCACUUUUCCUGCAUGCAGAUCGCCAUGCUGGACAUCGACGGUUUCCGUCUCGACAAGGCAUUGCAGAUGACUGCAGACGGCCUGGCCGACUUUUCCAGCUUCCAAAGACGUUGCGCACCUCUCACCACGGGCCGCGGAAAGGAGCCCGAGCAGUACUGGCACAACACCACCGAAGCGAUCGCGGCCUCGAACACCAGCGACCCGCAACACUUUUUCCUCGGUCUCGACGGCGACUACCCGAAGGGCUCGGUCGACUUCGUCAGCCUCUGGGAGGACCUCCUGGUGCAAACCGACAUGGUCAACGUCAACACGGGCGUCUUCGACCCGCGGCACGGCUUCGGCACGACCAACCAGGACGUCUUCCGGUGGCCGGCACUCGCAAACGGCACGCAGCGGCAGCUGCUGGGCAACUUCAUCACGACGCUGAUGCUGCCGGGGGUGCCCGCGCUGACGUGGGGCGAGGAGCAGGACAUGUACAUCCUCGACAGCUUCGCCGAGAACUACGUGUACGGCCGCGGGCCGAUGAGCUCGUCGCGCGCGUGGCAGCUGCACGGCUGCUACCAGCUGACUUUGGACCACAAGGACGCGGCGCACCCGGUCCGCAACGUGCUCAAGCGCAUGUACGAGCUGCGCGAGCGGUACCCGGUGCUGAACGACGGAUAUAUGCUGAAGACGCUGUCGAAUCAAACGCACGACUUCCAUCUUCCAGUGAGCGACGUGGAUACGCCCAGGGGCGUCUUCAGCGUGCACCGGAGCGUGGCCGAGGGCGUCCAGGACUUCAGUGGCCAUUCAAUGGGCAACCAGGGCGUCUGGCUCGUCUUCAGCAACGAGCAUGCGCCGACGGAGUUCCUGUUCGACUGCGGCAACGAGACGGCCGCGCUGCUCGCCCCGUUCGGACCGGGCUCCCGCGUCAAGAACCUGUUCCACCCGUACGACGAGUACACGCUGGAAAGCUCCGCAUCUCGCAGUGGAUGUCUGUCCAACAUUACGCUGGGCGAGUGGGGCUUCAAAGCCCACGACGAGAGGAUUCUUGCAACCGUGCCGCCGGGCCAGCAGCAGACGGUGCCCAUACAGCUACACUUCUCCCAGCCAAUGGACUGCAGCUCGGUUGCACGCAGUCUGGAGAUUGAGUCCACGACGGCAGACGGGACUGCGGCCCGGAUCAACGAGGCGAGCAUCACUUGCAGCUCAGCGGCGCCAGAUGAGGACCAGACGGCCGUCGUUGCGGCCCCUCCUGGGACUUGGAUAUUUGCUGCCGUGCUCGAGAACGUCGGGCACGUCGACCGCUUCAUGUUCCGCAUCGGCCGCGACGACAACCCGCUCGUCUUUCCGGGCACCGCGGACUACACCCGCGGCCUGCUCCGCAGAGACGACGGAACAGGACGCCUGCACUUACAGCUGCAGGCGCCCGGGGCGGAGCGCUUCCGCAUCACCUUGGAGGACCAGCCCUGGACCGGGACACUAGAGCAGGCAUGGCGCGGCGAGCACGUCAUCGUCGAGUACUGGAGCCGCAUGGCGUCGAGCAGCCACCACGUGCAGCACGGCGACCUCGCUGAAUCCCAGCCGGCGCGACGGUGGCCACACGCCUUCGUCGAGGGCCACUUCAACGAGUUCGGCUUCGACGCCGGAUUGCCCAACGCCAUGAUGCUGGACGACGACAAGGAAGGCGUGUGGCGCUUCAACGUCUCGGCCGAGUGGCCGAUGCAGGCGAUAAUCAACGUGUGGGGCAUGAAUCCGGACGGCCUGCCCGACAAGAGCAUGCAGCUCGGCGACGUCGAUAGGGAUGGUGUGUUGGACCUGCUGCCGCCGCAGAUGCUGUCCCACAACGUCUUCAAUCUCUCCGACGGUCCGCGCAUGCCGCAUGUCGGCUGGCAGAUCGUCGUCCAUGAUGGGAACUUGACGUACGCGAUGCGGCCCGUCGGCUCGGGGAGCACGCAGCGCCUGCUGUUCUUCCUGCUCGCGCUGGUGCCGCCCGCAGCGGGCGUCCUGGCUGUGUGGGUGUAUAGGAAGUCGUUUUACCUCAUCGAGCAUGUCGGCUUGCAGGGCGGCAGGAGGAAGACGCGGAAGCUCCUCUCCGCGCUCAGUAUGCGGAACAGCCCGCACGAAAAGGACAUCAUCCCGCUCGAAUCCCUCACCCUGCUCUCCCGCCGCCGCGUGCUCAUGGCCACGCUGGAAUACGAAAUCGCAGACUGGAACAUCGCCGUCAAGAUCGGCGGCCUCGGCGUCAUGGCGAGCCUCUCGGGCAAGGUUCUCCCCCACCAGGACCUCAUCUGGGUCGUGCCGUGCCUCGGCGACAUCGAGUACCCUUUCGCUCCCCACGAGGCCGCGCCACCCAUGGCCAUCACCAUGUGCGGCCGCCAGCACCGCGUGGCCGUCUACUACCACGUGCUGCGCAACAUCACCUUCGUCCUCGUCGACGCCCCGAUAUUCCGGCAGCAGACCAAGGGCAAGCCGUACCCGGCGCGCAUGGACGACCUCGACAGCGCCGUCUUCUACGCCGCGUGGAACGCCUGCAUCGCCGAGGCGCUGCGCCGGUUCCAGGUCGACCUGUACCACAUCAAUGACUUCCACGGCGCGCUGGCGCCGCUGCACUUGCUACCCGAAACGAUUCCCGUCGCCUUGUCCCUGCACAACGCCGAGUUCCAGGGCGCGUGGCCGCUGCGGGCCGACGAGGAGUUCGCCGAGAUAUCGGCGCUGUUUAACCUAGACAAGCAGACGAUACGGAAGUACGUGCAGUACGGCGAGCUCUUCAAUCCGCUGCAUGCAGCCGUGAGCUACAUCCGGAUUCACCAAAAGGGAUUCGGCGUCGUGGGCGUGUCGGACAAGUACGGCCCGCGGGCGUAUUCGCGCUAUCCGGUCUUCUGGAGCCUGCCGGGCGUGGGAUCGCUGAGCAACCCGGAUCCGUCCGAUCAUCAUGGCGAGGCGGCAGUAUCUGGCGCAGUAGUACACGAGGCAGACAGGUCCUCGCAGCGGCUUCAGGCACAGCAGUGGGCCGGUCUCAACCCCGAUGCCGACGCCGACCUCUUCAUCUUCGUCGGCCGCUGGUCCAAACAAAAGGGCAUCGACCUGAUCGCCGACGUCUUUCCAUCCAUCUUAGACCGGUUUCCGCGUACCCAGCUCAUUUGCAUAGGGCCGAUCAUCGACCUGCACGGCAAGCUCGCCGCCGCCAAGCUGGCCACGCUGGCACACCGCUUUCCCGGUCGGGUGUUUGCCAAAGGCGAGUUCAUCACCCCGCCGCCCUUCCUUUUCGGCGCCGGCGAAUUCGUCCUCAUCCCUUCGCGAGACGAGCCGUUCGGCCUCGUCACCAUCGAGUUCGGCCGCAGGGGCGCACUGGGCAUCGGGCCUCGCAUCGGCGGCCUCGGACAGAUGCCUGGCUGGUGGUACAAUGCCGAGAGCAUGGCGAGCCGCCAUCUGAUCACCCAGCUCGAACGGACGGUUGAAAUGGCGCUGGCGUCGUCUGAGGAGACCCGGGAGCGAAUGCGGGACGAGGCGUGCCGCCGCCGGUUUCCGGUUGCGCGGUGGGUGCAGGACUUGGAUGUUCUGCAGGGCAGGGCGGUUGAGAUGAGCCGGAAGGCGGCUGCACGAGCGAUCAAGAGAGGUGGUGCGAGGGAUGAUGAGACGGAGACGAGGUUUCCGAGCGGGUCGACGACGGCGGCGGCGAGUACGUGCAGUCUGGAUGGCGAGGAUGCGCUGUUGUUGUCGCCGGAGAAGGGCUACAGCGUUUUGCAGAAAGAGGCGGAUAGUACCCUGAACACGGUGCACACGGGCUUGCUGGAGGAGCGCCCUUCUCAGCUGUUGAGUCUGGACAGCAUCAUCGCGUGCCAGGAGAGCUUCGUGCUGCAAGACUGUGCACCCGUCUUCACCGAUGCCGAUGGUGAAUGCUACGCUGAAUUUGCGCGAGUCCUGCAAACUCAGACAGUGCACUCCACACAGCGGCACACUUGCAUCGCGGAUUUCAUUUACAGAGCUGAGAAGAAGUGGUUUGCACGUCAGUACCGCGGCAAGUGUGACAGGUUGCCACAAUUGCCUACUCUAGUCUCGGGGAUGUCUGGAUUGUGGAGGGCAUGGUUCGGCGGACCCCAAUACUCAGCCGUUCCCGAUGACCCGUCUGAACACCACCCGUCCCCAGCAGCCAGCCGAAACAUACUCCUGUACCGACUUGGCAGCUGGCCGCUCUACAGCCUCUUGAUCGCCCUGGGCCAAAUCCUCUCCGUAAACGCAUACCAGGUAACCCUCCUAACAGGCCGCACAGUCGACACAGCAGCCAGCAUCUACACCAACUCCUUCAUCGUCCUCAUCGGCUCCAUCUGCUGGUGGCACCUCUUCCGUACCGCCAAAUCCGUCUACGUCAUAUCCCUCCCCUUCCUCCUCUUCGGCCUCUCCUUCUUCCUCCUAACCGUCGCGCUGCUCAUGGGCGCCUCACCCGCCGCCUCGCGCAUCCAAGCCGUCGCCAUCGGCGCCUACGCCUUCGGCUCCGCAGGCGGCGCCACCUUCUUCGCGCUCAACUUCGGCACUGAAGGCGGCGUGCCAACCUGGACCCUCGUCUCCCGCGCGACCGCCGUCCAGGGCCUGCAGCAGCUCUACUUCGCGCUCCUCUCCCUCGGCGCCUCGCGCAUCGACGUCGCCCUCUCCCGCGGCGUGCCGCAGCCAGCGCUCAUAAACCCCCACUGGGCCGCCCCCGCAACCCUGCUCGCCGCACUCGCCCUGUGCUCCACCGCCGCCCUCCUCUUCCUCCGCCUGCCCGACUGCUACCGCUCCAAGCCUCCCGUCAUCCCAGCCUUCCACCGCGGCCUGCUGAAUCGGAGAGCAGUACUCUGGUUCCUGUCCAGCGUCGCGGUGCGCGACUUCUGCCUGUCGGGCACGUACGGCCGCAGCUGGCGCUUCCUGUGGGCGUCGCGCGCCGCCGCGCCGACGUGGGCGGUCGGCGUGCUCGUCGUGCUGUUCUUCGGCGUGGUGUGGGCGGCGCUGCUGCGCGGCGUCUGCUUCCGGCUGUCGCGCGCGCACCCGUGGCUGCUGCCCAUCUUCGCCAUCGGCCUCGGCGCGCCGCGGUGGGCGCAGAUGCUGUGGGCUGUGUCGCAGGCGGGGCACUACCUCCCGUGGGUGCCUGGUGGGCCCUCGGCGGCGGCGGGGGCGCUGGUUAGUCGGGGGUUGUGGCUGUGGCUCGGGGUGCUGGAUUCGGUGCAGGGGAUCGGGUUUGGGAUGGUGCUGUUGGGGACGCUGACGCGGGUGCACGUCGUGUGGGUGCUCGCGACGGCGCAGGGGGUGGGCGCGGUUUGCACGGCGGCGGCGAGGGCGUGGGCGCCGAAUAAUGUGGGGCCUGGCGUGGUGUUUCCGAAUCUGCCGUUGGAGGGGUGGGGCGCGGCGGGGUGGAAUGUGUGGUUUUGGGUUUGGCUGGGGCUGCAGGUGGUGGCUUUUAAUGGGUAUUUGUGCUUUUUUAGACGGGAGCAGUUGUUUAAGCCUUAG